AUGCCCGCCGCCAUGGAACCCACUCAGCAAGCCCCCAUGACCUCUGAUAACGGAGACAUCGUCACACAGCAGCCUAGCGCUGAGCCUCAGCCUGACAUGACCAUGCGUGGUGGUGAGGAGGCUGGCUGUGAGAUCUGCUGUGGUCUCUGCGCCUGCGAUGAGGGAUGCUGCUAA